UACAUUUUGGGCCUAUAUAAACCCUCCUAUGCCCUAUCUUAUACCAUAUCAUUGUUCAUCUCAUUUCUAAAUAUAUCAUCACCUACAUAUAUACAAGAUGGAAUUGCAGACUCUCUUCGCUUUUUAUUUUGCUGCCCUUCUGUUAGUUGGUGGCGAGUCAGCGAUAUUCACAAUCAGAAACAAUUGCCCAAACACAAUCUGGCCAGCUGCACUAACUGGUUCUGGAUCACAGCCAUCAACCACAGGGUUCGAACUCGCUUCACAAGCCACAAACACUAUCAACAUUCCAGCUCCAUGGUCCGGAAGAAUCUGGGCUAGAACAUUCUGCACUGCCACUUGCCUUACCGGAGAGUGUGGUCAAGGCGCGGGACCAUGCAAUGGCGCUGGCGGCGCUCCACCAGUAACCCUAAUCGAAUUCACAUUAAACGGCGACGAUGGAAAGGAUUUCUACGACGUCAGCAACGUUGAUGGUUUCAACUUGCCUGUUAGUGUAGUGCCCGAAAACUCAGCAUGUCCAACAACAAGCUGCGCCGCGAAUAUAAACGACGGGUGUCCAGCUGGACAGGAGGUGAGAGGUCCAGAUGGUGCUACAGUCGGCUGCAAGAGUGCUUGCGCCGCCUUCAACAAACCGGAAGAUUGUUGCACCGGUGAAUUUAAUAGUCCAGAUACAUGCAAGCCUUCAGCUUCUUCGUUGUACUUCGAAGGGAAGUGCCCACAGGCUUAUAGUUAUGCUUAUGAUGACAAGACUAGCACCUUCACUUGCCCUACUGGAACUAACUACCAAAUCACAUUCUGUCCUUAAUUAAAAGGUCAAUAUAAAUUGACAUGUUAUGUUAUCUAUUUCUCACACACUAGAUAAGGUGCUCUCCCUUUUCUAGGGGUAAUGCAAAUGUAAGAGUGCUAUAAUAUUGAAUAAGUGAGAUGAAUAAACAUUGUACCUUUUGCUGUA